ACGCUUAAUAGGUCUGGCUGAGCCCAGUGCCUACAGAGUCUUUGCUGGAAAAUUAAGCGACUUCCCUCAGGCAGCGUGCAUGUGGUAACAACCUCCUCCUGCACAGAAAAUGCGCCAGGCGGUCUCACAUGAGGUCGACUAGGAGAACAAGGUUGAAACUCUUGUCAUCUGUGAAGUCUUCAGUCAAGGUGUGGUUCAUGAAUCUCAAAGGCUGAAGGACUGUCUUGGUUUCAUGGAUCCUCAGAGCAAAUUCCAGACAGCCACAAACAUGCUGAGCGAGAUCUUUGUGCUCAACUUCAUCAACUUCUAUGGAAAAGGAGUGGAGGAACGUAGCACAACCAGCAAAAUGAGCAAGCAGCAGUCCUCCCUGUUCAGAGUGGACUGGAUCUGGACUCUGUCUAGAGCUGACACGCAAAUCAAACUUCAGACUGCCAUGCAGGCUUCACAGCUAGCCGAGCUUUUCUGUAGCGAAGGUGGCCCCGCUGAGGUGGUGGACUGCUGCUGGGAAACCACACUGGCAGAUGAGCACUUCCAAAACAGGAACAGGUUUGAGAAGCUGGUGGAGUUCUGCCGCCUGGUGGGGCAGGACUGCCUCGGCUUGUUCAUCGUGUUCAGCGUGGCAGGGAAGUCCAAGGAUACACACAGAGUCAUGCCAGACAGCAUUGCCAAGGAAGAGCAAAAAUGCCACCUGUUGGGCAGCAAUGCGCUACAGCAAUUUGUCAUAAGUACUCACAGCUUCCUGCCCACAAAAGACAUGUUGGAAAACUGUCUCGGCGCAAAAAACAGACCGAAGGCGAUGGGCAACGUGUACAUAAACUUUCUGUAA